GGGAUCAUAGGCAGUAUAUGCCGUGUGCCAUAGAGUUUCCAUGUCACGCAAGGUGCUUGGUGACAGAUCACAACAUGUGACACACCAACUAACGCAGGACUACUACAAGUCGCAGCAUGCCCGGUUGUAUUUGUAUUCCCGCAUGUUGUGUCAUUACAGGAUGAGGGAAGCAGCAUGGAGCAGGACGCGGCCCCUCCUCUUCCUGGCUGCAGACGUGUCUCUAUAGCGCAGCUCAGCAGCUGUCACACAUCGCACUGGUACCCCGGCUACCGGCAUCACUGUGCUCCUGUCCAGCGCCUACGUACCGGGCAGCAGCGCUGUGCCACUCCUCCCCCUACAUCACACAGGCCACGGCACCACCGAGCAGGGCCCCCAGCCUCCUAAUCCCCUGCGUGCACUGUGAUGGCCUCUAUAAGGCUGCUUGAGGAGCUGCGGGCUCGGGUUCGGGAGCUGGAGGAUGAGCUGGGCAGGGUGAGGAGGCAGGAGGCCCACAGGGGAAAGAUUGAGAAGAUGAGCGCAGAGGUGGUGGACUCUAACCCGUACAGUCGCUUAAUGGCUUUAAAACGAAUGGGAAUCGUUGAGGAUUAUGAGAAAAUCCGCACAUUUACCGUGGCUGUAGUGGGUGUCGGUGGUGUGGGCAGUGUCGCUGCGGAAAUGCUAACAAGAUGUGGCAUUGGUAAGCUACUGCUGUUUGAUUAUGACAAGGUGGAACUGGCAAAUAUGAACCGACUCUUCUUCCAGCCACAUCAGGCUGGUCUUAGCAAAGUUGAGGCUGCAGAGCACACAUUGAGGAAUAUAAAUCCUGAUGUCCAGUUUGAGGUUAAUAACUACAACAUAACAACUAUAGACAACUUCCAACAUUUCAUGGACAGAAUAAGCAAAGCUGGUUUAAAAGAAGGGGAACCCGUAGACCUUGUACUUAGCUGUGUCGACAACUUUGAAGCACGCAUGGCAAUUAACACUGCAUGCAAUGAGCUUGGUCAAGUGUGGAUGGAGUCUGGAGUCAGUGAAAAUGCAGUGUCUGGACACAUUCAGCUUAUUAAACCUGGGGAGACGGCCUGCUUUGCGUGUGCACCUCCGCUAGUGGUUGCAGCAAACAUCGAUGAAAAGACAUUGAAACGGGAAGGAGUCUGUGCGGCAAGUCUCCCAACAACAAUGGGGGUUGUGGCUGGAAUACUAGUACAGAAUGUCCUUAAGUAUCUCUUGAAUUUCGGCACAGUGAGUUUCUACCUGGGAUACAAUGCCAUGCAGGAUUUUUUCCCAACCAUGGCCUUGAAACCCAACCCCGACUGUGAUGACAAGUACUGCAAACAACGGCAGAAAGAAUUUAAGUUAAAAGAAGCUGCAAAACCGAUACCAGAAGCUGUAGCUGAAGAAGUGUUGCCGGUUGUACACGAGAAUAAUGACUGGGGCAUUGAGUUGGUGUCAGAGGUCUCAGAAGAAGAGCUGAAAGAGGCUUCUGGACCGAUCCCUGAGCUGCCAGAGGGAAUCACUGUGGCAUAUACAAUUCCAAUAACGAAGCCUACGUCCGGAGUCACAGUGGAAGACUCGGAGCAGAGUCUGGAGGAGCUCAUGGCUCAGAUGAAAAACAUGUAACUCAUCGUUUGAGUUCGUGACUGUUGAUCCCAUAGGCUACAGAGACACUGUUUAAUGCAUUCAUAUUGUUCUGCAUCGGUUUUCUGGCAGCGAACUACAGAAGUUAUACCCAUCUCAAAUUGUACUUACUCUCUACUAAUAAAUGUUGCUCUAUAUUUAAAUAUA